CCAGGAUGUUGGUUCUCUAAGUGUGGGGUAUUCUUAUGAUCCAUUGUAAGAAAAACUUGUGUCUCACAUCGAAAGUAUGGAUUUGGGUUCUCUCACCUCAAUAGCUAGCUUUUAGGGUGUGAUUUUCUUAAAUUCGCUUUCUCUCUAUCUAGUAAUAAUUUAAACUGAAUAAAUAUGCAGUAAUUCAAUUUUCAUUUUAUUUUUCUCCGUUGCCGUGAAAACACAGUUGCUUGGCUAAUUGAAAUGUUUUAACCAAUACUUACAUGUAAGUUUGGCCAGUUGAAGAUUACCUAGAAUCUUUCCUUUAUCAUCUCGUGCAUUGAAACACUCCUUAGAAUGAAUCUUCAUCAAAUUUCUACACGGAUACCUGUAUGUUUUUUUUAUGUGAGUUUCCCUCCAAUACCCAUAUUUUGUGUAUAUAAGUAAAAAGAAGAAUUUCUUGCACUGGCACGUGGAUAGAGGAUUUAUGUGUACAUUGUGUGUAUAAAAGCAGGUUUGAAAUCCAAGAACCUACUAUCAAGUAGUCUAAGAGUGGUGGUUAUGAUCAUUGAGCAACUGAAAACUUUGGGAUAGAUAGCCGUCCCUUAGAUAAUGAAAUCAAGUCCAAGGUUAAACAUACAGCUGGAAUCAGUCUUAAAAAUGUAACUUUGCCACCACCAAGAAUCUUGUCCAUGAACAGCUUUGAAAAAGAUACUCUGUUUUGACAGCAUUUUUGUAUAGAUCCAAGAUAUUCAUCCAUUCAGGGUGAGAAAAUUCUUAUUUUAAUAGGCCUUCUAAGUAGAAGUGAGGGGUUACAGGCAUGGCUACUCAUACCAGUAACUUCUGCUUUAGUGCUUUGGUCUUAUUGCUCUGUCUGCUUGUUCCUGCACUUGGGCAGAACUUUUUGAGCUGUGAAACCACGUCUUCUGAUGCUUCUGGCUACCGUUGUAAUGCUAAUGGAUCGCAGGAUCAGUGCAGAGCUUUUGCAAUUCUUUCCACUAAUUCUUACUUCUCAUCUCUCUCCAAUUUGAGUUUUUACUUGGGUCUCAAUCGGUUUGUAAUUGCUGCAGCAAAUGGUUUCUCUGCUGACACAGAGUUUCUUCCCAAAGAUCAGCCUCUGUUGAUGCCAAUAGAAUGUAAAUGUAAUGGUAGCUUCUUUCAGGCUGAGGUCACCAAAACUACCAUCAAGGGGGAGAGUUUUUAUGGCAUUGCUGAGUCCUUGGAGGGCUUGACGACCUGUAGAGCCAUCCAAGAGAAGAAUCUGGGCAUCCCACCAUCGAAUCUUGGGGAUAACGCUCGGCUAUUGAUACCACUUAGAUGUGCCUGUCCAUAUUCAUCAGAAGUCGGCCUAGCAACAAGAAUUUUGCUCUCAUAUCCAGUAAGUGAAGGCGAUACAAUCUCAAAUCUGGCCAUUAAGUUCAAUACGACUCCAGAAGCUAUUGUAUCUGCAAAUAACAGAUCAGUGGCAAACUUUAAGCCUGAAAGCCUUGUACCUCUUACAUCUCUUUUGAUACCACUUAAAGGCAAGCCUGCCCUUGGUCCCCUUGCAAAACCCCGCGAACCCAAUUCACGUUUUCCUGAAAGUAGCAUCCCAGUAAUUAGUCCACAUAAGAAAAAGUCCAAGAUGUGGAUGGUAGGAAUUUAUAUUGCUGUUAUUGGGGUUGUAGUUGGAGCGAGCAUUGUUGCUGCAGUAGCUUUCUUACUUAUCCAGCUGAAGAAGAAGAAGCAGCAGAAUUCAAGCAAGGAGGGAGAUCCGGAGCUUCAACAGCUUAGUUCAAGUGUAAGAACCACAAGAGAGAAAAAGGUCUCGUUCGAUGGAUCCCAGGAUGGUCAGAUCAUUGAUAGCACCCCACGCAAGGUGCUUGUGGAGACCUAUACUGUAGAAGAACUGAGAAAAGCAACUGAAGAUUUCAGCUCAAGCAAUCUUAUAGACGGCUCUGUAUACCAUGGUCGUCUCAAUGGGAAGAACUUGGCAAUAAAGCGCAUGAAAUCGGAAACUAUUCCAAAGAUUGAUUUUGGGCUUUUCCACAGUGCCACACACCAUCAUCCGAACAUAAUUAGGCUCUUGGGGACAUGCUUAAGUGAUGGUCCUGAGUCAUUUUUGGCGUUUGAAUUUGCGAAAAACGGGUCGUUGAAGGAUUGGCUUCACGGUGGAUUGGCCAUGAAGAACCAGUUCAUAGCCUCCUGCGAUUGUUUCUUGACAUGGAAUCAGAGGCUGAAGAUAUGUCUUGAAGUAGCAAUGGCCUUACGGUACAUGCAUCAUAUCAUGAAGCCAAGCUAUCUUCACAGAAAUGUGAAGAGCCGAAACAUCUUCUUAGAUGAAGAAUUCAACGCAAAAAUUGGGAAUUUUGGCAUGGCAAGGUGUGUUCAUGAUGAUUCAGAGGACCCAGAAUUCCAGUCUACUAAUCCUGCCUCGUGGAGUCUGGGGUACAUGGCUCCAGAAUACAUUCAUCAAGGCGUAGUUUCUCCAAGCAUGGACAUAUUUGCUUUUGGGGUAGUUUUGCUGGAGGUUUUAUCAGGGAAAACACCAAUAGCAAGACCUAACAACAAGGGGGAAGAAAGCAUUUGGCUCUCAGAGAAAAUCAAGUCCAUACUGUUAUCAGAAAAUGCAGAUGAGCUCAGGAAAUGGAUGGAUGAUGCAUUGGACGAAAUCUUUUCAUUCGAUGCAGCAGUGACAUUGGCCAAUCUUGCACGAUCAUGUGUGGAUGAAGAGCCUUGUUUAAGACCAAGCGCAGAAGAAAUUGUGGAGAAGUUAUCAAGACUGGUUGAAGAAUCACCAGAAGGAAAGCACAUGUUAAUCUGCGAAAGCUCAUCAAAGCCUCUAGUGAAGGCUGCAGCAACCAGUCUGUGAAUGAUAAUAACAAGUUCAAAGGAUCCAAAAGCUGCAGCCACCAGUAGGGAAUUCCAGUUCUUGGUUGGUUUUGGAAUCUUGAUGAGUGGGAUCAAUAGUGCAUAUAUGUAAUCAAGAAAAUGAAUGAACACAGCAAGCAGGUCUCUACUUUGUAUUCUGUUUCAGCUUCUGAAGAAUAAUAGAAUCACAUAUAUUUUAUAA